AUGCCUUUGAUCGUGAUCAACAACGAUACUCAUUUCAUUCAGGAAAUGAAUAGCCAAGGAGUAAAAUUAGUUGUAGUAGAUUAUACUGCCAGCUGGUGCGGUCCGUGUAGAAGAAUUGCUCCGGUGUUUGAAGAAUUAUCUCGUAAAUACAAUAGAGCUACGUUUUUGAAAGUAGAUGUAGACAAAUGUAAAGAAACCGCAGCUUCUCAAGGCGUUUCUGCUAUGCCUACAUUCAUUUUAUAUCGUAACAAAACGAAAUUGGAUCGUAUACAAGGCGCGGAUGCUGCUGCAUUGGAAGCUAAAAUAAAGCAGUACUAUGGUACGGUGGAUUCUACUGGAGAUGAUGAUGACGAUGAUUGUGGCGUCCCUGGUGUGACGAAUUUGGCGUCAUUCAUUCAAAAAAAUCAAUGUGAAGCUUUGAAUGAGUCCGACGAUCAUUCACUACUACCCUUCUUGGAAAAUCCUAGCAAGCACUUAGAAUCAGAUUGUGAUCCUCAGUUGAUCAUUUCCUUAUCUUUUACUCAGGCUGUAAAAGUUCAUUCGUUGAAAAUAAAGGCGCCACCGAAUUCUGGCCCAAAAACAGUGAAGCUGUUCAUCAACUUACCGAACACUAUAGAUUUUGAUGCAGCUAUGAGUAAUACAGCCACUCAGGAAUUAGAAUUAACUCCGAAAGACUUGGACGGUAACCCUGUCAACUUACGUUAUGUCAAAUUUCAAAACGUCCAGAAUUUGCAGAUCUUCGUAAAAGAUAAUCAAAACGAUGAAGAAGUCACUCGCAUUGACAAAUUGGUCAUUCUCGGGUUGCCUUUAGCUACUACAAAUAUGGGCGAUUUCAAACGGAUAUCUGGUAAAGUCGGCGAAGCUCACUAAGUUAUGUCUGAGCUGAUGCAAGUUUUUUUUUUUUUCUAUUUUUCUAAUGUUCGUUAAACAUUGUAGAAAUAUUUUGAAGUAUCUAUUUAUGUCUGGUAUGUUUUUAUUCACAUUACAAUUAUAUCAACUGUUUCAUUUGA